AUGGAACUUUUUGAAGAUACGGAUCUCAUCAACGACACUGACCUUACAAGAGAAGAUUUAAGUAGAGGUCAUGCUGAGUAUGUAAAGUGGCUGAAUGUGCAGGAUUCUCUUUUGAAACAAAAGGCCAAACUCACCUGGUUUAAAGAUGGAGAUAGAAACUCCAAAUACUUCCAUAGUGUUCUGAGAUAUAGCAGAAGGAAAUUGGAGAUUCAAAGAAUCAAAAAUCAUAGAGGGGUCUGGAUUCAUAGUAAGGAAAAGGUUGCUAAAGCUGCUGAGAUUAUCCAUCACAUCUUUAAAGAAAAGAAAUGUGGAAAUAUAGUUCUUAAGCUGGACAUGGCAAAAGCCUAUGACGGGCUUUCAUGGUCAUUUUUGUAUCAGGUCUUGCUUAAGUUUGGUUUCAACCAGAACUGGAUUGAUCUUAUUCAAAGAAGCAUCUCCAAUGUAUGGUACUCCAUUAUCUUAAAUGGUACCAGACAUGGUUUUUUCAGAUCAUCUCAAGGUUUAAAACAAGGAGAACCUAUUUCUCCAUCUCUGUUUGUUAUAGCUGCUGAAAGUCAAAUCACACAUCUGGCCUAUGCUGACGAUAUAGUCAUAUUUAGCAACAGUAACACCAAGUCUGUCAAACUUAUCAUGAAACAAAUCAAGAAUUAUGAAAGAGCUUCUGGCCCUAAGAAGAUCUGUUAUUUUGAUAAUAUGGUCUCAAAGAUCAUCAAAAGAGUCAAUGGAUGUCAAGGUAAUCAAUUAUCUCAUGGCGAGAGACAAGUUCUGAUAAAAAAUGCUCUACAAGCACUUUCCACUUAUAUUCUCAGUGCCAUUGAACCACCAAAAAGGAUUUUUAAGCUCAUUGAGCAACACAUGACUAACUUUUUCUGGGGUGUUGCAAAUGGAAAAAAUAGAUAUCAUUGGAGUUAUUGGAAAAAUAUUUGCCUCCCAAAAGAUGAAGGUGGACUUGGCAUUAAAGGGAUGCAAGAUAUUUCAGAUACCUUGGCAGUCAAAAGGUGGUAG